AAUUAUGACAUUUAAAAAAAUUUUUAGUUGACACUAUCAUAUUUAUAUACAAAUUUCCAAAUUUGACGUAUAUUUCACGUAUAUUAAUAUUAAAAUGAAAACACAAAUAUAAAAAAAAAGAAAAAGCUAAAAAUCUAAUUACAAGAAGUUUACCAAUACUGAACACUAUAAAAUUUGGAGGAAAAAAAUGCCUUGUGAUGGUAAAAAUCCAAAUUGUGAUAGGAGACGCGAAUUACUAGCUCGAUUAAAAUGUUUAAUCAGCUCAAUGGAUAGAAAAAAACCAUGUGAAUGGGAUGAGCCAUCGAGUCCACCUGUAGUAUGCUGUCCUGCAGAAUUAUCCUUACGUACUCUACCUCUCUGCAAGUCUCUUAAACCAUGUAAAUACUUCGAUUUUCGGGCGAGCAUAAUGUAUAGAUGUGAGUGCAUCAAGAGGAAUGGUUUACAAGAUAGAUGCAUGAUGUGGGAUUGCAUGGGUAGACCCGAAUGCAUGACAAAAUUGUAUCCUAUUUGCGAACCAGGUCGCGCCGCAUUAUUGAAGCUGACCGAUUUGGGUGACGUGGAGAUUGCUCUUAGAAAAUUCUAUUGCACAGAUCAAGCGAGAGAGGCGGCGCUGGCUGCGUAUUGUAGAUUAGUUUAUGAUAAAGCUUACCAAGUUCAAAGACAAAAUUUACCAUGUAACAAAAAUGAGAAGAUUAAAACUCUUUGUGUCUCUACAAUGUCCCCUGCAGAAAAUGACAUGGUAAAUGUCAACAAUUAUAGCUCGGACUGCGAUGAUUCCUCAUCUUUAUAUCGAUUUUGCAUACCAUCAUCACCAUACAUACCAAAAUCAUGCAAUGUAUGUGAUUUAUCUUACAAUUAGAAAAGUCGUCUCUUUCGUGUAAUACAUAUUGAGUCAUUAUAUUUUUUCAUUUCCAUGUACACACUUUUCGUCGUAAAAUGAAAUAACGUUAUUUUACAAAAUGUAUAAUGUUAUAUGUAAUGAGUGUGUUAUCAAAUAAAAAAGAUGAUAUUGAAA